AUGAAUCUUAUGAGCCUCCUCCAAGAAGAGGCUAUAAUAGAGAAACCCAUAGAACAACCAAAUAAUGGAAUUUAUUACUUAGCCACUUUACUUACGAAUGUUCAGAAGGAUCUACUUGAAUUGAUUAUCGAGAUUUUCCGCCAGGAAUUGAUAACCAUUUCCAAAGUCAAACAACAGAGGAACACUAUAGACAGCCUAUUGGAUAGCAAUGGUCCAAGUACUCAAGAUAAUGAAAAUAGAAGCGUGAAUGGUAGAAAUAAUGGCGAAGGGUUUUCCCAUCUAGACAAAAUAAACUUAUUGUUUGACCAACUUAGAUUGGUUGAUAGACAUCCAUCGUUAUUAGUAGACCAUUUCAUUCCUCGAAAAUUACUUUUACUGGACGUAAACGAAAGAAUGUUGAACGUUCUGGGAAAGUUUCAAUUGUUUAACCGUAUUGUGGACUCAUUUAUUGACAGAUAUCCAUUGCAAGCGGGAGAAGACAACAUCAAUAAUGGAUAUCAUAUGUUAGUUGUUGCUCUGAGUGUGAAAGAAUUAGAGUUAAUCGAAGGAUUAAUAAUAGGUAAGAAAUUACGCUACAAAAACAUGAGUAGCGGUAAGCUUUAUGAAGAUAACAGAGAAAUGCCCAAGUUCAACCAGAAGGGGAACCAAGAUCGAAAUUUAGCUAGUGCCAGUAUCAAUAUUCAUAACCCUUCGAUCGUAGAAGGUGUUGACGACAAAAUUAGCUCGGGAGGUGGGGACAGCUUGGAUGGACACAGAAAACGUCAAAAAACGUACAAGCGCUCCAGCCAACCCUUCAAUAACGUCUUAUUUCCAACUGAAGAUUCAAAUCUUUGCCUUUUUUUGAUUACAACACAGCAACUUUAUAACUAUUCAUUUGACACAUCGAUGGAUCUUAUAGUUUCAUUUGAUGUCUCCCUUGAUGCCAAGUCUCCUAGUGUCGAUUUUCUAAGAACCUCUUCGAGUAACAGCUCGCUCAAUGGACCUAUAAUCAAGACACCAAUUGUUAUGCCAAUCCCAGGCUUAUCAAUUGAACAUUGCAUAUUGAAUAACCCACCGCCACCCACUAAUUUAUCUUUCCAUACGCAUGGUAGUAGCAGUAGAAAUGAAUUAGACAAUCCAUACGUUAAAUGGAAAUUGCAAGUAAUUAACGCCUUUGUUGUAAACAGGUUUCAACUUUAUAACCAUGAUGAUGAAGAGGAUGAUUUUUACGUGCGAUGCUAUGGAAACAAUAUGAGUAAAAUGUUUGGCUGGUUUAACAAUUGGAGCACUGUGAACUUUCCUUUGAGUACCAAUCUAGAUUCGAUGAUCAAGGAGGUGACAGGAAGAUCAUUAUCUACUUCUUUCCAUUCCAAUAUCCUUCAAUUGAGGUUGAAGGAAAAUUUUUUAUUUGAUUUUGGACCAAUUGCGAGCGAAGAAGAUUCUAAGCAAGUCAAAAUAGAAAGUGAAACCAUCUUCAAUUCAAAAACUGUUGACUACAAGUCUUUCAAAAGACAUUUCGCGAAGGUGUUAAUCGAAAGAGUUGCAACCAUUGAUAGUUCAAUCAAGGACAAGUUUAAUCUCACCAUAGAAAAUCUUAGACAGAGGGAGACAAAAAUCCAACAGGAGAUUGAUCAGGAUAACAUACAAAUUGGAGAAAGAUAUAAAGAGCUUCAAAAGUGCAAUGAAGAAGCAUUGUCUAGCGAAAAGAAGGUUGUGAAGGUGGAUGGCGACUAUAAUAAAUUGUCCAAUAAAGAAAGUAUUCUUCAGUCAAGAAUUUCUCAUUUGAAGGAGAUUUUAAUGAUUAAGGUGGACAAAGCAGAGGAGACUCCAGUCACUUUAUCUCUUGCAGCUGAGCCAUCAGUAGAUAUUUUGAUCAAUUCGCAAUUUGCAACCAUCGAUGAACUUCGCUCCAAAUUGGGUUCAGUUAACGAGGAGCUAUCGAAGCUAAACGAAGAGAAUGAAAAAGUCCGUAAACUCUACCAGGAUAGUUCCAGUGCUGCGGUACAAGAGUCUUGGAAGCUUGACAAACUUAAAGAAGUGAACAGCAAAUACAAACAAAAAUUAAAUGGACCAGGAAGUAAGGUAUUACCAGAUUUGUUAAGAAAAGAUGAACUUAUAGGCUACGAAUUUGAAUUAAGCAAGUUGAAGAAAGAGAAUGAGUUUAUUGAGGCUCUAUUGUCUGAAAAGUUGAACAAGAUCAUCAAAGAGAGACAAACUACCAUGGAAAGUACUGGAGCUGGUUCCAGCAGUAGAGGUGCAAGACUAAGUAGAGCAUCUACGCCAUUCUAA